GCGACCCUCCUCUCGGUGCUCGGGACAUAGUUCGACGAGGAGGAGUAAAAAUAGACGGGAGUGCAGUGGAGAGGGGAGCAAGAGGAGAAGAGAGAAGAGAGGAGCAGAAAGUAGAGAGCAGAGGAGCAGAGCAGAGCAGUGGAGUUCUGUGCGGCAGCGUCUCAAAUUAGCCAGCCAGAGGGCACACGGAAAAAGGGGAGAGCAGGGGACUGAGGGUCGGGCAGGGGGGGCGGUGAGAGGAGCUGAGGGCCGGGCCGGCAGAGUUUCACAGAGGGGGUGCAGGGGGCGGUUGGAUGCCACUUUGACAGACACAUAAACAUACAUAUACAUAUACACACUUGCCGAGACACACACACCCACGCACCGACACACACACUCACACUCACUUGCCACACUGACACACUUGCAAGCAUGCACAGCCUCACAGUCACUUUUAACACACACGUCUAGAAGGUUGGAAAUAUCUCCUCUCCCUACAUGGAGAGUUGAGUUGAGGUGCUGCUGUGGUUCCAUCGCAAGCAGCACAGGUACAUGUACACAUUUUUUUUGGAAGGACAGUUAUGUAGGUGUUCAGAAAGAAAGUCGUUACGUCUGAUUUGUUGUUUUACGUUUUCGUGUAGUUGGUUUGUUGGGUUAGUGCGGAAGCUCUGCAUUUUUUUGUCGUUUUGUUUACUUGGUGCCUGAAGCUCCAAGUGUUUUUUUGACGUUUGAGUUUUUUCUAAAUGGAGUAAGAAGGCCCUCAGCCCUCUUGUGUAUGGACUGCUGGCAUGGGCAAUGCAGCGACGCGCAAGGAGAAGGGAGAUGGUCACGGGCCGCAGCAGGCGACGGCCGAGACGCUGCCCACCCACGACGCGGGGGGCACCGAGUACUACAGCAGCGAUGACGGCACAUGGGUCGUGUCGGACAGCAACACCAGCUUCCUGAGAGCGGCUCGGGCGGGGAAUAUCGACAAGGUGCUCGAGUUUCUAAAGGGCGGAGUGGACAUUAGCACCUGCAACCAGAAUGGGCUCAACGCGCUCCAUUUGGCGGCCAAGGAGGGACAUAUGGACCUGGUCCAGGAGCUUCUGGACAGGGGCGCCUCCGUGGACUCCGCCACCAAGAAAGGAAACACAGCUCUCCACAUCGCCUCCCUAGCAGGGCAGGGGGAGGUGGUGAAGAUCCUGGUCAAACGGGGAGCAGACAUCAACUCCCAGUCUCAGAAUGGCUUCACUCCACUGUACAUGGCGUCCCAGGAGAACCAUUUGGAGGUGGUCCGAUACCUGCUGGAGAACGGAGGGAACCAGAGCACAGCCACAGAGGAUGGCUUCACUCCCCUGGCCAUCGCACUGCAGCAGGGCCACAACCAGGUGGUGUCCCUCCUGCUGGAGCACGACACCAAGGGCAAGGUACGCCUGCCCGCCCUCCACAUCGCCGCACGCAAGGACGACACCAAGUCCGCCGCCCUGCUCCUCCAGAACGACCACAACGCCGACGUCCAAUCCAAGAUGAUGGUCAAUAGGACUACUGAGAGUGGUUUUACUCCCUUACACAUCGCUGCUCACUAUGGCAAUGUCAACGUGGCCACGUUGUUGCUGAACAGAGGGGCUGCAGUGGACUUCACAGCUCGGAAUGGCAUCACCCCUCUGCACGUGGCCUCCAAGCGUGGGAACACCAACAUGGUGCGCCUGCUCCUGGACCGAGGGGCCCAGAUUGAUGCCAAAACACGGGACGGCUUGACCCCUCUGCACUGCGCGGCCAGGAGCGGCCAUGACACAGCUGUGGAGCUGCUACUGGAGAGAGGAGCACCUAUGCUGGCCCGCACCAAGAAUGGGCUGUCCCCACUGCAUAUGGCGGCGCAGGGUGACCACGUGGAGUGCGUGAAGCACCUGCUGCAGCACAAGGCGCCGGUUGAUGACGUCACACUGGACUACCUGACGGCACUGCACGUGGCUGCCCAUUGCGGCCACUACCGCGUAACCAAGUUGCUGCUUGACAAGAGAGCCAACCCCAACGCCCGCGCACUGAACGGCUUCACCCCUCUGCACAUCGCCUGCAAGAAGAACCGAGUGAAGGUCAUGGAACUACUGGUGAAGUACGGAGCCUCCAUCCAGGCCAUCACUGAGUCUGGCCUGACUCCUAUCCACGUAGCAGCCUUCAUGGGCCACCUGAACAUCGUGCUCCUGCUGCUGCAGAAUGGAGCGUCUCCUGACGUCAGCAAUAUUCGUGGGGAGACAGCCCUACACAUGGCGGCCCGUGCUGGCCAGGUGGAAGUGGUCCGAUGCCUGCUGAGGAAUGGAGCCAUGGUGGACGCCAGAGCCAGGGAGGACCAGACUCCCCUGCACAUCGCCUCCCGGCUGGGCAAGACGGAGAUCGUGCAGCUGCUGCUGCAGCACAUGGCGCACCCUGACGCCGCCACCACCAACGGCUACACCCCGCUGCACAUCGCCGCCCGCGAGGGGCACGUGGACGUGGCCUCCGUACUGCUGGAGGCCGGCGCGGCACACUCGCUCGCCACCAAGAAAGGGUUCACUCCUCUUCAUGUGGCGUCUAAGUACGGAAGCCUGGAUGUGGCAAAACUCCUCCUGCAGAGGCGUGCUUCCCCUGACUCUGCUGGCAAAAAUGGCCUCACCCCCCUCCAUGUCGCAGCGCACUAUGAUAACCAGAAGGUGGCGCUCCUGCUACUGGAUAAGGGGGCCUCUCCCCAGGCCACUGCAAAGAACGGCUACACCCCCCUGCACAUCGCGGCCAAGAAGAAUCAGAUGGAGAUCGCCACCACCCUGCUGCAGUACGGGGCCGAGACCAACAUCCUGACCAAGCAGGGCGUCACCCCCUUACACCUGGCCUCCCAGGAGGGCCACAGUGACAUGGCCGAGCUGCUGCUGCAGAAGGGGGCACACGUCAACGUGCCCACCAAGAGUGGACUUACAUCCCUGCAUUUAGCCGCCCAGGAAGACAAAGUUGGUGUGGGGGAGAUUCUGGCCCAAAAUGGAGCCACCCUUGACCAGCAGACUAAACUGGGAUACACACCCCUGAUUGUGGCCUGCCACUACGGAAAUGCCAAGAUGGUCAACUUCCUGCUGAAGAGCGGUGCCAGUGUCAACUGCAAGACCAAGAACGGCUACACACCACUCCAUCAGGCCGCCCAGCAGGGGAACACACACAUCAUCAAUGUACUGCUGCAGUUCGGAGCCAAGCCCAGUGCCAUCACUGUGAAUGGGAACACUGCUCUGGCUAUCGCCCGUCGCCUAGGUUACAUCUCCGUGGUGGACACUCUCCGCGUGGUCACCGAGGAAAUCAUCACCUCGACAACGACGGUGACGGAGAAACACAAGCUGAAUGUCCCCGAGACCAUGACUGAGGUGCUGGAUGUGUCCGAUGAGGAAGCUACAGUGGAGCUCAGGUUUAUACCUGAUGAUGAGCUCUUCUCUGACGACUCCAUGGAUCUGGAAGGUGACGACACCAUGACUGGGGAUGGAGGAGAGUACCUGAGGGCAGAGGACCUGCGGGAGCUCGGGGACGACUCCCUACCUGGACACUACCUGGAUGGCAUGAACUACCUGCGCUACAGCAUGGAGGGGGGGCGAUCGGAAAGCCACUGGCAAAGUACUGACAGGUCUUACACGCCAAGUCACCAUAGUUACUACUCCCCUAAGCAUGAUGCCAUGAUGGACGACACUCUGACUAGUCACCAGGUGUCAUCUCUGGGUCGUAGCAGUGAGAAGGAUGCAUACCGGCUGAGCUGGGGCAAUGAUAACCUGGACAACGUGGCCCUCUCCUCCAGCCCUGUCCACUCCGGCCGUUCCACCCCGUGCCAUGAUCAUGACAGCAGCAGCUUCCUGGUCAGCUUCAUGGUGGACGCCAGGGGCGGAGCCAUGCGGGGCUGCCGCCACAAUGGCCUGCGCAUCAUCAUCCCGCCCAAGAAGUGCAGCGCGCCCACGCGCGUCACCUGCCGCCUGGUGAAACGCCACCGCCUGGCCACCAUGCCGCCCAUGGUGGAGGGAGAGGGCCUGGCCAGCCGCCUCAUCGAGGUGGGGCCCUCGGGGGCACAGUUCCUUGGGCCAGUCAUAGUGGAGAUCCCGCACUUUGCGGCGCUGCGGGGGAAGGAGCGGGAGCUGGUGAUCCUUAGGAGUGAGACGGGGGAGAGCUGGAAGGAGCACCACUGCGAAUACAGCGAGGAGGAGCUUAACCAGAUACUCAACGGCAUGGACGAGGAACUCGACCCCCCCGAGGAGUUGGAGAGGAAGCGCGUCUGCCGCAUCAUCACCAGGGAUUUCCCACAAUACUUUGCGGUGGUGUCCCGCAUCAAGCAGGACAACAACCUGAUCGGCCCGGAGGGGGGCAUCCUGAGCAGCACGGUGGUGACACAGGUGCAGGCCGUCUUCCCAGAGGGCGCCCUCACCAAGAGGAUCCGUGUCAGCCUACAGGCCCAGCCAAUGCACGAGGAGACAGUUCGUAAGAUCCUGGGGAACAAGGCUACCUUCAGUCCCAUUGUCACACUAGAACCCAGACGCCGGAAGUUCCACAAACCCAUCACCAUGACGAUCCCCAUUCCCAAGAGUUCCACUGACCCAGUGCUGAACGGCUUUGGAGGGGACACGCCCACUCUGAGACUCUUGUGCAGUAUAACGGGAGGGACCACACCUGCGCAGUGGGAGGACAUCACUGGAACCACACCGCUAACAUUUGUCAACGACUGUGUCUCCUUUACCACAAACGUCUCAGCCAGGUUCUGGUUGAUAGACUGCCGGCAGGCGCAGGAAUCGGUGAACUUCUCCUCGCAGGUGUACCGGGAGAUCAUAUGCGUGCCCUACAUGGCCAAGUUCGUCAUCUUCGCCAAGACGCACGACCCCAUAGAGGCGCGCCUACGCUGCUUCUGCAUGACGGACGACAAGAUUGACAAGACGCUGGAGCAGCAGGAGAACUUCGUGGAGGUGGCCCGCAGCAGAGACGUGGAGGUCCUUGAGGGGAAGCCCAUCUAUGCAGACUGCUUUGGAAACCUGGUUCCCCUGACCAAGAGUGGCCAGCACCACCUCUUCAGCUUCUACGCCUUCAAGGAGAACAGGCUAGCCCUCUUCAUCAAAAUCCGUGAUAACACGCAAGAACCAUGUGGAAGACUAUCGUUUAUGAAAGAACCACGGACGUACAGAAGUCUCGCCCACACCGCCAUAUGCAAUCUCAAUAUCUCCCUCCCCACGUACUCCAAGACCAACCGAUUGCAAGGAAAAUUAGAUGCACAGGAGGAAGCAGAGAGGAAAGAGUCACGCUUGGCAGUCACUGCAGACCAUCUUGGUUUCAGCUGGACAGAACUGGCUCGUGAGCUGGAGGUCAGUGAGGAGCAGAUUAAUCAAAUACGAGCUGAGAAUCCCAAUUCACUUCAAGAUCAAAGCCAUGCUCUCAUUAAAUUUUGGACUGAAAGGGAGGGUGUGAAUGCUACAGAGACUCUUUUGAUUGACAAACUGACCAAGAUAAACCGUAUGGACAUUGUCCAUCUAAUUGAAACCAAGAUCAUCAAGGCCUGCAUGGAGUCAACACACACCUAUGCGGAAAUAGAACAUACCAUAUCACUUGACCACAGUGAAGGAUUUUCUGCCCUCCACGAAGACAUCGAUAGCCCAAGGUCAGGAAGAAGGACAGAAGAUGCCACCACGUUGAGGCCAGGGCCUGGUCAGCAGCCGCCCGUGGUGUCAACAGAGGACUUGUCUUCCAGCAUGUCCUCCCUUCUGGAUGGCUCAGCGCGGCCAGAGGCUGACGUGUCCCUGACAGAGCACCUGAGACAGAAAGCACAGAAAGAGAAAGUGCAAACUGACGUAAAGACAGGCCUAGAUACACUGGGAUUCGGCAUUACCACAGUACCAGGAGCGGGGCACCUAGGCAAUGUCAAGCGUGUAAGUCCUUUGUUCACUCUAUACAAAGCUGUGCCAUGGAGGUUGCAAUCUCAUUUACUUGACCCCGCCUAUAAAGGUGCAGCUGCUGUCACCCAACCUUCUACCCUCCCAGGGCCUUCCUCAAAAGAUGGGGAAGUUACUAAGGAGUCAGGCGCAGCCGCAGAAUUAGGUGGUGCCACAGCAGGGCUGCCCAGUCUCAGCAUCCCAUAUGCUGAUGACGUCGUCGAACGUCGUGACUCAAGCAUACAUCGUCGGCCGAGCCAGAGGCGCCAACCUGUCAUUGUGACUGAUUUUGAAGAAGCGCUGCAGGAAUCUGAGAUGGCAGAAUGUGACUUCAGCCGAUUGUCAAGGGACCUUACAGAGGAACUGCUGCCACGCUAUGGCUCCACUUCGUCCAUCAACACAAUUCGGUCCAGGGACAGUGGUUCAGACUUUGACCGGCUGUCCAAGGACCUUACAGAGGAACUGCUGCCAGACGUGAGUUCUGCCACAGCCAUAAGCGCAACUCCUCCAGCACCCAUUGACAAUAGUUCAGUAGACAUCAAACGACUGUCAAAGGACCUUACAGAAGAACCAGUGCCUGACUUGGGCUCAACCACAGCCAUCAGCCUUACUCCACAGUCCAGGGAUGGCGAUCCUGACAUCAAACGACUGUCAAAGGACCUUACAGAAGAACCAGUGCCAGCAGACUUGGGCUCAACCACAGCCAUCAGCCUUACUCCACAAUCCAGGGACGGCGAUCCGGACAUCAACCGACUGACGAAAGACUUUAAAGAAGAAGUAGUGCCAAAUGUUGGUUCUACCACUGCCUCCAGCCACGUCACUCCAUCACCCACUGACACUGGUUCUGCUGGCUCCAGACAAGUUUCAACAUCAUCAGAAGCAACCACCACCAAAGAGGUAAUUAGUGUUCAAGUCAGUCAGAGGGAAGCUUACACCAAACAGCACAUUGAGGAGAUUUCAGAGAGGUACUACAGAUGUCUUUUUGGCAGUGAUUUUGAAGUCAGCAAGAAUGGGAAUGGACUGGAGGACGCAAAUGCUUCUCAGAAAGAGGCAAACAGAAAAGAGGAAGUGAGUGAAUGUCAGUUAACUCCGCACAACACAGCCAAAGGUCUCAUUGUCACGACUGACGACUUUAGUGUUCGAUCAUUCUCAUCACAGGAAACACAUGUCAGUCAAACUACUGUCAAUUCAGCAAUGGUAAAUUAUGAACUCAAUGUUGAACUUGCAAGCCAACCAGAAUCAAACCUGCAAGCGGUGGAGAGUAACCGGCAGUUUGUGUUACAUGAAGCAUCUUCCACGUCCAUGGAAUUGCCCAAAAUAUGUCUUGUUGGUGUAGAUGAAUCGCCUGAAGUGCUUUCUACUGUGUAUCAGAUGCCAAGUGACGAGGUGGCUGAGCAACCUAACGAACAAGUAGACAAAAGAACAGCAUCACCUAUCCCUCCAGGUGCUGAAUUUACUUAUGAAAUAUCAAUACCCAUAGUGCCGCAGAAGCCUACACUAGGCAUAUCAGAAAACGUUGAUGAUAACAGACCUGUGACACCAAUAUUAACAUCACAUGUAUCUAGAUCCUUAACACCAGAUUCAGAAUGUGAUGAAUAUGCUGUUGAGCUGGAGGCUCCUUCAGCAGCAGAACAGACAUGUUUUGAGUCAGAGUCGUUUGAUGAGAACACUCCACUCUCUCCUGAUUCCCUCGUACCUAAUACACCCGAGUCCCUUGACUCAGUGUCACUUCCUUACAUCAGAUCCUCUUCACCCGAGUCUGUCGCUUCACUUAGCAACGAUGUACCACUUGAUUCUCCUAUACCCGACUUCAGACCACCUACCCCUUUACCUCCUGCACUCGAGCAGGACCUUUCGGAGCUACCUGUUUGCAGUGGCGGGUCUGAUGAGUUGUUUGCUGCUAUGGGACUUAGUGUAGAGUCAGACUCUGAGAUCAAGGCGAGGGCUCCACAUUUAAUGGUACCUGAGUCAGUUAGACCUGUAUCACCAGGGUCUUCUCUCGACUGGCAAUCAUUAUCACCAGACUCGUACACUUACGAUGUUCAAGAAAGAACGUCCUCCCCUGAACAGAGCACAGACAGUACAGAGUGCAGACCUAUGACCCCAAGCGAAUACAUGUCUGGCAAUAGGCCCUCAUCCCCAGAAUCACUAUCUUCUCUUAGUGAAUAUUCUGCAUUGCCUCCAGAUUCACCCAUACCAAAUUUCGAAAUGACCGUAUAUGAGUUCAUCCGUAUGGUUGAUUGUGAGGGCUCAGUUACACCAGAGUCAUCAGCAUCCGAGUGGGAAUGGGAGCUGGUGUCAGCAUCCGCCUUAGGUGAGAUUGAAAGAUCCUCUUCACCAGAGUCAAACGUUUCCAUCAAUGAAUAUCGACACUUGUCCCCAGAUUCCCCAGUUCCACAAUUCAGUCUGCAUCUUCCUGAAUCUGUUGCAUGUGGUGAGCAGUAUUCUGAAUCACCUUCAUCCGUAUCGUCUGACACAGAAUAUAACCCACUUCCUCUCGAUUUAUUUGACUGUGUGAGCAGAACAGACUCACCGGAGUCAUUAGUGUCUGAUUCAGAGGAGAUAUGUGUGUUGUCCACUGUUUUACCCAAAUCAACUGAAUCAAUAGCAGAAAUACAAGUCAGUGAAUAUGAAACAGUUGUGACAGUUACCUCUGAAACCACCAAAGCAGUUCAGCAAACUCAGUUAGAAAUUGUAAGUAGUUCAAGUCAACAAAAACAACACAAUACCACCGAACAACAUUCACUUGAUGACAUACUAUUCUCACAAAAGAAGGGUAGCUCUAACCCAUCAGACACUAAACAAGUUCAAAUAGAAACAAUGAAGGAAGCAGUACUGGUUGAGAGAGACAACCAAACUGAAUCUGCAGAGCGCAUACACAUUUCUAAAACAGACAAGCGAGGUAUAUUUCCAACUAAGUUACCUGAAUCCACAGAAUUAAUGACAGAAGACAGUGAAGAGGAAAACAUUGUGACAGUUAUCUCUGAAACCACUACAGCAGUAGACCAAACUCAAAAAGUAAUUGUGCAUAGCUCAAGUAAACAAAUCCUAGAAACGACCACAGAAAAAUAUUCAAUGGGAAGGGGUAGCUCAACCCCAUCAGACACUGAUCAAGUUCACACAGAAACAGUAAAUGAAUUAGUACUGGCUGAGAGAGAGAAGACUGAAGAAUACACAGACAGUUCUAAAGCAGAGGCUGACACGAAAUCUACAUCUUCAUCAGGGUCAGAAAGCCAUGUGUCAUCAAAUGUAUCAGCCACUAAACUAACCAUACACAAAUACACCAGAUUAGUGCCAGAAUUCAAACUUGUGCAUAAAGCUGUUAUACCAAACACCAUAGCUCAUCUGUAUGACCCACACUACAAAGGAGAAACCUUCUUGGAAAAACCUGGUGUUUUCGAAGUGACAGGGCACAGAAUGGAAAUUGACUACAGGGAGUUCUCAGAAGCAUUAUCUGUAUCACAGGCUAAUGCACUUCAAAGCCAGCCAGGAAGCGGGCCAGGUAGCAAGGAAGAGUUGUCUCUUGGAGGUAGUGAUGCGUCUUUGUCUGCACCAGAACAUGAUGUAGCAUCUCAAAAGAAUGUGUCUGCAGAGUCUCUAGUAGUAGAAUUGGAACAAGAACGAGCUCUGUCACCUGAUUCAGACAGUGAGUAUAGACCAGUCUCUCCCAAAACAGCUAUGGAGGAGAUGCUGUCUGAUCGCAGGGCAUCGUCAUUUGAGUCAGGGGACUCUGUGAAUGAAAAUAGACGCUUGUCAGCAGAUUCGCCUGUACCACAGUUUCCUUCAUUUGUUGACUCUGCCACUUUCUUAGAGGGCUACAGAUCAGACUCGGCUGAAUCAGGAUCAUCCGAUGCAGAAAUCGAAUUAAUAGUCAUGUCCAAGGGCUCAGACCAGGGUCAAAGACCUUCAUCUCCUGACUCAGUAGCAUCCGUAAAUGACCACAGAUCACUCUCGCCUGAGUCACCGAUUCCAGAGUUUACACAUUCACAUUUGUCGGAGUCAUACUCCAUGGAGGUAAAUAGAUGUUCCUCGGCAGAAUCAGAACUUUCUGACUUGGAAUCUGACCUAGAACUGGUCGAGAGUUUAGACCCACAACAAAGAACAGAAUCACCUGAAUCUAUUGUGUCAGAAUUGGAUGACCGAGGUUUGUCACCAGACUCUUUAUCAGAGUACAGACCUAUGUCACCAGACACUGCCAUGCACAUGAAAUAUGUCAGAGCAUCUUCCCCAGAAUCAGUGGCAUCGCUUGAUGAGUUUAAAGCACUGUCACCUGAUUCUCCCAUACCACAGUACACAGUAAUAUUCUUUGAACCAAAUUUGGUAGCAGGGAAUAGAUCAUCGUCCCCAGACUCUUUAGCAUCUGAUAUAGAGUAUGCUAUCGCUGGAUUAUUCACAGGAUUCUCUGAGGAUAGGCCAUCCUCACCAGAGUCUGUGAAUGACAGCAGGCUACUAUCUCCAGAUUCGCCCAUUCCAGAGUUUUCACACUUAUUCUAUGAGCCAUGUUUGGUAGCAGGAGAAAGAUCAUCAUCCCCAGACUCGUUAGCAUCUGAUAUAGAAUAUGCUCUGGUUGGAUUAUUCACAAGAUCAUCUGAGGAUAGACCAUCCUCCCCAGACUCAAUAGCAUCUGUGAAUGAAGGUAGGCUACUGUCUCCAGAUUCACCCAUUCCAGAGUUUUCACACUUAUUCUUUGAGCCAUAUUUGGUAGCAGGAGAAAGAUCAACAUCACCCGAUUCAUUAGCAUCUGACAUAGAGUAUGCCCUCACUGAAUUUUUCAUGAUGUCCCCUGAGGAUAGACCAUCAUCCCCUGAAUCUAUCGUGUCAGAAUUGGAUGACCGAGGUUUGUCACCAGACUCUUUAUCAGAGUACAGACCUAUGUCACCAGACACUGCCAUGCACAUGAAAGAUGUCAGAGCAUCUUCCCCAGAAUCAGUGGCAUCGCUUGAUGAGUUUAAAGCACUGUCACCUGACUCUCCCAUACCACAGUACACAGUAAUAUUCUUUGAACCAAAUUUGGUAGCAGGGAAUAGAUCAUCGUCCCCAGACUCUUUAGCAUCUGAUAUAGAGUAUGCUAUCGCUGGAUUAUUCACAGGAUUCUCUGAGGAUAGGCCAUCCUCACCAGAGUCUGUGAAUGACAGCAGGCUACUAUCUCCAGAUUCGCCCAUUCCAGAGUUUUCACACUUAUUCUAUGAGCCAUGUUUGGUAGCAGGAGAAAGAUCAUCAUCCCCAGACUCGUUAGCAUCUGAUAUAGAAUAUGCUCUGGUUGGAUUAUUCACAAGAUCAUCUGAGGAUAGACCAUCCUCCCCAGACUCAAUAGCAUCUGUGAAUGAAGGUAGGCUACUGUCUCCAGAUUCACCCAUUCCAGAGUUUUCACACUUAUUCUUUGAGCCAUAUUUGGUAGCAGGAGAAAGAUCAACAUCACCCGAUUCAUUAGCAUCUGACAUAGAGUAUGCCCUCACUGAAUUUUUCAUGAUGUCCCCUGAGGAUAGACCAUCAUCCCCUGAAUCUAUCGUGUCAGAAUUGGAUGACCGAGGUUUGUCACCAGACUCUUUAUCAGAGUACAGACCUAUGUCACCAGACACUGCCAUGCACAUGAAAGAUGUCAGAGCAUCUUCCCCAGAAUCAGUGGCAUCGCUUGAUGAGUUUAAAGCACUGUCACCUGACUCUCCCAUACCACAGUACACAGUAAUAUUCUUUGAACCAAAUUUGGUAGCAGGGAAUAGAUCAUCGUCCCCAGACUCUUUAGCAUCUGAUAUAGAGUAUGCUAUCGCUGGAUUAUUCACAGGAUUCUCUGAGGAUAGGCCAUCCUCACCAGAGUCUGUGAAUGACAGCAGGCUACUAUCUCCAGAUUCGCCCAUUCCAGAGUUUUCACACUUAUUCUAUGAGCCAUGUUUGGUAGCAGGAGAAAGAUCAUCAUCCCCAGACUCGUUAGCAUCUGAUAUAGAAUAUGCUCUGGUUGGAUUAUUCACAAGAUCAUCUGAGGAUAGACCAUCCUCCCCAGACUCAAUAGCAUCUGUGAAUGAAGGUAGGCUACUGUCUCCAGAUUCACCCAUUCCAGAGUUUUCACACUUAUUCUUUGAGCCAUAUUUGGUAGCAGGAGAAAGAUCAACAUCACCCGAUUCAUUAGCAUCUGACAUAGAGUAUGCCCUCACUGAAUUUUUCAUGAUGUCCCCUGAGGAUAGACCAUCAUCCCCUGAAUCUAUCGUGUCAGAAUUGGAUGACCGAGGUUUGUCACCAGACUCUUUAUCAGAGUACAGACCUAUGUCACCAGACACUGUCAUGCACAUGAAAGAUGUCAGAGCAUCUUCCCCAGAAUCAGUGGCAUCGCUUGAUGAGUUUAAAGCACUGUCACCUGACUCUCCCAUACCACAGUACACAGUAAUAUUCUUUGAAUCAAAUUUGGUAGCAGGGAAUAGAUCAUCGUCCCCAGACUCUUUAGCAUCUGAUAUAGAGUAUGCUAUCGCUGGAUUAUUCACAGGAUUCUCUGAGGAUAGGCCAUCCUCACCAGAGUCUGUGAAUGACAGCAGGCUACUAUCUCCAGAUUCGCCCAUUCCAGAGUUUUCACACUUAUUUUAUGAACCAUGUUUGGUAGCAGGAGACAGAUCAUCAUCCCCAGACUCGUUAGCAUCUGAUAUAGAAUAUGCUCUUGCUGGAUUAUUCACACAAUCAUUUGAGGAUAGACCAUCCUCCCCAGACUCAAUAGCAUCUGUGAAUGAAGGUAGGCUACUUUCUCCAGAUUCACCCAUUCCAGAGUUUUCACACUUAUUCUUUGAGCCAUAUUUGGUAGCAGGAGAAAGAUCAACAUCCCCCGACUCAUUAGCAUCUGACAUAGAGUAUGCCCUCACUGAAUUUUUCAUGAUGCACCCAGAGGAUAGACCAUCAUCCCCUGAAUCUAUUGUGUCAGAAUUGGAUGACCGAGGUUUGUCACCAGACUCUUUAUCAGAGUACAGACCUAUGUCACCAGACACUGCCAAUGAAAUGCUAAUGAAAGAUCUCAGGGCAUCUUCCCCAGAAUCAGUGGCAUCGCUUGACGAGUUUAAAGCACUGUCACCUGACUCCCCAAUACCACAGUACACAGUAAUAUUCUUUGAGCCAUAUUUGGUAGCAGGGAAUAGAUCAGCAUCCCCAGACUCUUUAGCAUCUGAUAUAGAGUAUGCUGUCGCUGGACUAUUCACAGGAUUCUCUGAGGAUAGGCCAUCCUCACCAGAGUCAAUAGCAUCUAUACAUAACAGAAGGCUACUCUCUCCAGAUUCACCCAUUCCAGACUUUACACGUUUACUGCUAGAUAUCAUACCACCAUCAACAGGCUUUAGGUCAUGUACACCAGUGUCUGAUAUAUCAGAUAUGGAAUAUGCACCCGAGUUGUAUGAGCUACUGGAGUUUGAGACUCAGAGAUAUGAAUCUCCUGAAUCUGCUGUGUCAAUCAAUGAACACAGACGACUGUCACCAGAUUCACCAAUACCUGCAUUUGCACCAACAAUUCAUGUCUCCACAUUGGGAGGAUAUAGAUCAUCUUCGCCUGAGUCAGCCUAUUCAGCCUGUUCAGCCUAUUCAGACUUCUCAGAUUCAGAGUAUCAGCCAUUGCUCCGUGAUUUCCGGAGGGCAUCCUCAACACAGUCUGAUGUUUCAGUCAAUGAAUUGACAGGCCUCUCACCAGAUUCCCCUGUACCUCAGUAUACAAACAUAUUCUUCGAUACUGGGUGGUUUCCUGCUGGCUCAAGAUCUCAGUCACCAGAGUUGACAGGAUCUUACUUAGAUCAUGUGUUUGGCGAGUUUAUGCUUUCGGAUACUGAAGAGAGACCAUCAUCUCCCGAGUCGAUAGCAUCUGUAAAUGACAGCAGGAGGCUAUCUCCAGAUUCACCAAUUCCAGAGUUUACACGUUUACUGUUUGAAAUAAUACCACCAUCAACGGGCAUUAGGUCUUGUACACCCGUAUCUAACAUAUCAGAUGUGGAAUAUGCACCACUGUUUUCUGAGCUUUUCGAGUUGGACAUUCAAAGACCUGAAUCGCCAGAAUCUGUUGUAUCAGAGCUUGAGGAUAGAUCCCUGUCGCCAGACUCAUUAUCAGAAUACAUUCCAAUGUCUUUUGCCAUGGCCAUGACUGAUCUCAGAUGCUCUUCUCCAGAAUCGAUAGUUUCACUUAAUGAAUUUAAGUCACUGUCACCCGAUUCUCCCAUACCACAAUAUUCAGCAUCCUUUUUCGAAUCAACGUUUGUAGCAGAACAACGAUCAGUGACCCCAGAAUCAGUAUGGUCUGAUCAAGAUAUUGACUCACUUGACUUUGGAGAUUUAGAAUGUGCAUCUCGGCCGUCAUCUCCAGAGUCAAAUCUAUCUUUUGAUGCAAAUAGACCAUUAAGCCCUGACUCCCCAAUUCCUGUAUUCUCCUCACCUUUACCUUGGGAAUCGUUUCAAAUAUGGAGGCAGAGGUGCUCUUCACCAGAAUAUGACUCAUCAGAGUCAGAGUAUGAAUCAGCCAUUUCUGAAUUUGAUUGUGAAGACAGGCCCGAGUCACCAGCAUCGAUACAGUCAGAGCCUGAGGAAAGGCCUUUGACUCCAGACUCCAUACCGGAGUACAGACCCAUUUCCCCAGAUUCAGCCUUGAUGGAUGGCCUAAAAGAUUUCAGAGAAUCUACCUUACCAUUGAACGAAUUUAAUGACUUGUCACCAGACUCCCCCAUACCUCAGUUUUCUCAGUCAGUGUUUCAAAUCAUAGAAUUUCCAAAACUAUAUAGGCCAGACACUCCAGAAUCUCUGGAGUCAGAUUUAGAGUAUGAGAUUGAUGAACCAUCAUUUGUGGCAAGUGGCCAUAGACCCUCAUCCCCAGAGUCAGUAGCAUCUUGUGAAAAUAGACCCUUGACACCAGACUCCCCUCUUCCUGCAUUUGUGCAGUCUUUGCCCGUGUGUCAUACAACACUGAAAGGGCACAGGUCGUCUUCCCCAGAGUCAGUAGUUUCAGAUGUAGAUGUUGGCCACUCAAUAGAAUUAGCUUUAUCAGAAACCAGACCAGACUCACCAGAGUCAAUAGCAUCAACAGCGGACUUGGUCGCAGAGCCAAUAGCAUCAACAGAAGAAUUAGUCUUAGGGUCAGUAGCAUCAACAGAAGAAUUCGUCUCAGACUUGGUAGCAUCAACAGAGGCACUAGUCUCAGAGUCAAUUUCAUCAACAGAGGCACUAGUCAGGGAGCCAAUAGCAUCAACAUUGGAAUUAGUCUCAGAGUUUGCAGAUGUUUUGCCCAAUUUAUCAUCUGAAGAAGACAGCCCCCUAGACUUACCCACAGACGCAAUGCGCACUUACACUUCAUCAUUGUAUGGAGCAGUGUAUAUUGUACCUGAGUACCGAUACGUGCAAAAGGCAGUCCCAAUUAAUCUGAUUUCCCACAUCGUGGACCCCCAUUACAAAGGUGAGACUUUCAUGCCCAAAACUGGUGUAUUUGAGCGCAUUGGCAGUAGAAUUGAGGUCGAUGACAGUGCAUCCACUAUAACAACACUUGGUGAUGAUACUGAUGAUCAAUACACCACUUCUGCAUUUACGGUCUCAGAAAGGUCAGGUUCUUUGACGACGGUGAGUGAGUUGACGUCUUUGUCGCCUUCAGUUUCUGAAAAUGAGGUGUCAUCUCCUGACUCCUCUAUGUUCAUGUGGGAAAGCAGAGGGUCUUCCCCUGUGUCAGUCAUUUCCGUAGAUGAGCAUAGAGCACUGUCUCCUGAUUCUCCAAUACCGUGGCACACAGGCACAUUAUUGGAUCCCUCAGACCAAACAUCAGAGUAUCGAGUCUCUUCUCCCGAGUCUGUUGCAUCAUUAAACGAGAACAGACAUCUCUCACCCGACUCACCCAUUCCACAGUACAGACCCCUGUCACCAGUGCAUGUUAGCGAAGCUAGUUAUGAAAAUGACUACACAAAGAAUACAUUCAGUGUGUAUGUUGUUGACAUAGAACCACUGUGGCCCUCACACAGCUUUAGAGCUAUAUCACCCUGUUCACAGCAUUCAGAGUCUGAGUCUAGGCCUGGAUCGCCUCAGGCGUCUCCACAAGACUAUGAGCUUCGUUGUCCUUCACCAGAGGCAGCUGAACUCGAUGUCGAACACAGUUCGUCCGUGUCCCCAUACUCAGCCGCAUUCGAGGCUGAGGUAGAACGUCCAUUGUCACCCGAGUCAGUAGAAUAUGACAAGCAAGAUGAUCUAAAGCAGAGUGAAAUAGUGUCUGCGGAUCCAAAAGAAAUCAUUGAGACCACAUGUGUAACUGUAACAGAGACUCAGUCAUUGGCUCACUUGGCAUCUGAGGAGAGUAUAAAGACUCUUUCUCUGUCUUCUGACACAUCAGUUCAGAAACAAUCAAGUGUUGAAAAGCCAUCCCUGCUGGCACCUGAAGGUAAUUCAGGACAGAUGGUCCUAAAGGAAAUGGUUGAGGAGAUGAUCGUAAAGCCUAAAACACCAAGUCAAAGGAGGAAGAAGAAGAAGACUGAACGCAAGACUGAACCUCAGAUAGCAGAUAUCUGGUCUGUGGAGUCAGAGUUCAAGGGCAAGACGGUCAAGAAAGGAGAGGAAGUGUCAUCUCAAGCAACAUACGAAUUUAAACUGAAAUCGUCUCAGAAGUUGAUUGAAACAGAUCAGCACUCAAAGGUGUUAGAUGUCAGUCAGUGUGUCGUGUCUGAAAGUGAUGAAUCCAGUUUAGAUCAAAGGGUGUCCAUGUCAUCUGGCCUCAUCGAUGCUGCUCAGGACAUUGCACAGUUCACAUCCACCAAAGACGUGCAAAAAACAUUGCACCAGGUUCAGCCGUCGUUACCAGCACCUUUGCAGUUUUUCAAGGAUGAGUCUGUCAAAAGCCAUAGAACAGUCACUCCGGUUUUACAGGACUUUCCAUUGCAAAGCCCAACCAGUGAAGAAACUCGUAUAGAUCAAAGAGUGCCCAUACCAUCUGGGCCCAUGAAAGCCCCUCAGGAAAUUUCUCAUUCCACUUUCACCAAAGACACGCAAAAAACAUUGUACCAGUUUCAGCCGUCGUUACCAACACCUUUGCAGUUUUUCAAGGAUGAAGCUGUCAAAAGCCAUAGAACAGUCUCACCCAAUAUACAGGACUCGACAUUCACAUCAGAGCCCUCAAUCAUAACUAUGCGAGUACCUAAAAGUAGUGAACAGUCUUCCCCUCUGUCCAGUCCGACUGUAGUGUCAGCAGACCACCACACGGUGGAGUCAGAUCACCGUGGGAGAGCAUCAGACAGACAGCUGUCUUCUGCUGAUCUGAGUCCAGUGUCACCUGUGUUUGUUGAAUCAAAAGACACUGCUUCUGCUGGAGUGGAUUCCAUGCCGGAGACUCCAGGUUUCAGACACGCACUGCUUGAAUUUGAAAGAACUGUUGCAUCGUUUGAUCCAGAUAAGGGAAUGUCAGCACACCCAUCAAGUCUGGACACGGUUAAAACGGAAAGUCAGAAAACCGAGGACUCUGAGGGCUCUGAAUUUUUUGACGCCAAGCAAUCUUUGUCUGAAGCCUCAGAGCCUGAACCUGAUUCAAACACACUGAAGGCCUUGUCAAAGAUACCCUACCACAUUGAGUCCCUACCUGGCACACCUAGUUUGGAGUUCCUAGCCGGCCAACACUACAUCAAAGGUGGCCGGAGACCAGGCUCAAUGUACAGCGAUGAUCUGGAAUUGCCUUUUGUUCUAGAACCUGAGGAGCGAUAUGAGUAUGAUGAUGAACAGAGGGCACUGCCCUAUGGUUAUGCAGGUACGAUGCCAGAGGAGCUUCCCCCAAGAAAAGGGGGUUAUUAUGAUGACGAUGAAGAUUCCUUGGGCAGGGAAAUAGCAGAGGAGCUAGGAAUGAUGUCCGAUAGCUCAGAGGAGGAAAUUCUAACCACAAGAGUGGUCCGACGCAGGGUGAUCAUUCAGGGUGACGACAUGCCAGAGAUCCCACCUCAAUCGGUAACCGAAGAGCAGUACACUGAUGAACACGGAAAUUUGGUUGUGAAAAAGAUUACGAGGAAAGUAAUUCGUAAGUAUACAUCAGCUGAUGGAGUUGAGCGAGAGGAAGUGACGAUUGAGGGAGCGCCACAGGAGCCUGUCACUGUGGACGAUGCGGAUGGCUUCUCGAAGGUGGUGAAGAGGACCGUGGUGCGGAGCGGGGGAGACCAGACAGAGGUGAGCGUGGGUGAGCCUCUGGCCCUGGGGGCGACAGCAGCCUCGGAGUUCGAGGCCGAGCCCGUCCAGGGUCGUAAGGUCAGCCGGGUCGUCAAGACGACGAUGGUACAGGGCGAGCGAAUGGAAAAGCACAUCGGUGACCCCUCGCUGUCGGCAGAUCUCCCCUCGGCCAAAGACGACUUUGAAAAGGCUUUGCGUUACUCCGGAGACUAUGGGAAAGUGCGACUGCCAAAUUUAGUUGAGAAGGAGGUUGUGAAGGAAGACGGCUCGGUGGUGAAAAGGACCCGGAUGCGUAAGACGUGCACGCAGAAGAGGACUGUGAUGAGGGACGGCCAGGGGGGGGGCCAGGGGCGGAGCAAGCGCACCCACCUGGAGCGUCUGGAGGACACGCCCGAAGCCCUGCGACCCGACCGCCUCCAGCAACACCUGCGCCUCCUCCUGCAGAACUACUGCGCCAAGCAGAAAGAGGAGGAGGAGGAGCAGGAGGAAGGGGAAGGGGAAGGGAAGGAGGACAGAAUCCAGGAGGAAAAGAAGGAGGAGGAGGAAGGGAGGCAGGAGGUGGCAGCGGAGGAGAAAAGGAGGAGGAGGAAGUAGUGGCUGGACUGAUGCUCUCUCGCUGCUGCUGAUAACGCUGUUUUAACUCGCUUCCUCUGCUGUGUCUUUGAUCAUGGUUCCUCCUUCUCCUCCUUUUCCUUUUUCCUGUUUGUGAACCAGGAGGUGAAAGAGGGGAGGUGGCAGUGGAGGAGAAAAGAGGGAGGAGGAAGUAGGGAAUGGACUGAAUGAUGCUUGCGGCCAAUAUUGAUAUCGCUGUUCCAACUGGACUCCUCUGGUGUGUGUUUUUUUGUGUGGUUCCUCCUCCACUUCCUCGUCCUUUCUCCUGUUUGUGAAACACACAUCCAGACCUCCUGAUCCUUUCCCAAAAUGCAUUGCAGAUGUCAACUUCCUGUUCUUCUUCUUCUGCUCUUCUGUGACCCUCUGCGCCUUUACCACCGCUUCAGAUAUCCUGCCGUGUUUUCUUUUUUCUUUUCGUUUGACCAUGUAAUCAUUUUAUUUCCUCCUUUGGCAACUGAUAGAACACUUUUUUUCCAUCGUUUAUAAGAUGCUUAAAUGUAAUUUUGUUUGUUUGUUGUUUUCCUUUGAUUUGCUGAUUUUGUGACCAAAGAUAGCUCACACUGUUUUACCUGCUGACUUCAAUCCAUACAAACAUACUGUAGUUACCUUUUUUCUUUUUGCUGUGCUCAUUUCAUAUCCUCAGCUGCUGUGUUUGAGAAGAAUUAAAAAAAACACACAAGAAAAAACCUAAACGAUGAAGAAAAGCAACAGGAAGAGAGGAAGUGGAAGGGUCGAUGGCGAUGCCGAAACUCACACAGUCCUUUUUGACGUCGUCGGACAUUUUGUUCUUGCGAGAAGGAGCCAUGGCAGGAUCGGCUCUGCUGAAACUGACUUGCUGACUUUUACGGCUUACCCUUACAUGUACCUGCUGUACACACCAACACACACACACACAAACACAAACAUACAAAUACACAAGCACGCAAAACAAAAAAAACAUGCCAGCUAUUGGAUUGUCAUGAUGCUUAGCCUCCUUGGAUAACACAAUUUGGACACCAACAACGACACCAUGAGGAAAACCGUUAUCCCCUUCCUAUGCCCCCUAAUCAGUUAUUAUUAUAGAAACUGUUGCUAUGAUACUAACCUUGUUCCGACUAGAGCCUGAGACUGGCGUGGAUUUUGUUCGUCUAUGACUAUGGCCAGACACCCUCAGCCCAAUAGAGUUGAAGGGUGUGAUGAAUUGAUGAGGGCUUGAGUGAGGUAGAAGAAGGGAAGAAUGAAUGUUAAAGUGCUGUGUAUUGGCUCAUAUUCACAUACAUGAAACCUGCCACACCAUUGGUUGACAGUGCGGGUGAUGUCAUACAGUACCACUGCUUGCGAAGUGAAGAGUGUUGUGUAAUGUUGUAAAGAUGAAUGUGCUUGGAAAUCAGAAUUUCCUUUUUUGUUUUUGUUUGUUUGUUUGUUGGUUCUCAUCUCUCUCUCUCUCUCUCUCUCUCUCUCCUCUCUCCUUCCCAUUUCAGUGUGGGUGUUGAAGAAAAGAUUAAUGUAUGGAAAUCCCAGAGUCCAAAGUCUUCACACUAAAAGUUUGUAACCCCAUGUUGUCCCCAAUUUCUCAAGUCUGCUUGUCAUUUUUUCCUGUGUGUGUGUGUGUGUGUGUGUGUGUGUGUGUGUGUGUGUGUGUGUGUGUGUGUGUGUGUGUGUGUGUGUGUGUGUGUGUGUGUGUGUGUGUGUGUGUGUGUGUGUGUGUGUGUGUGUGUGUCUGGCUUGUGCGUGGAUUCUCCAGCACUAAGGCACAAUAUCUGCAUGUCGUGUGUGUGUGUGUGUGUGUGUGUGUGUGUGUGUGUGUGUGUGUGUGUGUGUGUGUGUGUGUUUCAUGUCACCAACACUGCAACCCCAUCUCUCAUCCCAACGUAGAAGAUAGAAAUCACCCUGAAUAUAUUUUAUUUGGUUGUGUAUUUGAUUUAUUUGUUUUUCAUUUGUGCACUGUGUGUAAACGCAAACCAUCCUGAACAACAAACCAAUAUGUACUACGUAAGUGUCUUCACCUCUAAAACACACACACAGACACACAAACACACACACACACACAUACACCUGCUCCCUUACAGAGCUCAUGACUUUGGUUUCAAAGCCCCUGGCUGAAGGUCUGAGAGUUUCCUUGGGUGCGUUCCAAUAUGUGACCUUGCGUCCUCCACUUGUGCUUGUGGCCUCGUACCAGGAAGUAAUACGUUGUGAUGACAACAGCAUUAUAUUUCAAUAUCUUGCAAAAGCUCAAUUGUAAAGUCAUUUUCUCAUUUGCAAACUGGAUGGUGAAUGAAGAAUGGUCCCCCAAAAAUUGUUUUGGCUAGGCUGACAGCGGGGAAACUUUAUUGUUUUCUUCACAGAGGAGGGGCCACAAGCACAAGUGGAGGACGCAAGGUGUGUGUGUUUGUUCUACCAGGUCAGGCCUCUUCUGUGUGUGACGAAAGAAGAGAAUGAAUGUUGACUAGCAGAUUUUUUUUUCGGUUUUGUUUGAGGAAUUUUAUUUUGUCUUUUGUUGUUGCAAAUGUUGUAAAAUAAAAGCGUGAUACCUCUGA